GUGUGACGCAGUGUGUGACGCGCGGGUCAGAGUUCAUGUAGGAGAAACAUGGCGGCUUCCAGAGGAGCUGUGGUGUUAAAGACGGUGAAGAAAAUCGUCGUACAGUUUUGCCCUUUUGAGUCCAAUGUCCGCUCCACACGAGACUUUCUCGUCUUGGUUGGAUCGGAAAAGGCCAAAGCUACAAACAUGAACUGUGAAGUUAUAGCAGAAGUGAAACACGACCGGUCAGAGCCGGUGAUCGACAUCACAUUCAUGGAUGGUGAAAGGUUAAUGAUGAAAGGAGCCAAGCUGACAAGCCAGGAGAUGCUUUCUGCUCUACAGACACGCUGCAUAGCUAAAGACCCUCAGUCUAAAGUCAUGGGGAGGAAGUAGAUGUGUAUUUGUGUAUAUUUGCUUUGUGUAUAUUUAUUAACUUUUCCUUAAAUAAAACUAUCUUAAAUUCUCAA